CUGCACGUGCAUAUGCUUGCACUUCAAAGGGAGUUGCUGAACUUUUAAAUUCUGAGGCCUGAGGCGGCACAACUGUGAAUCGUAUUAGUAUUGUGCCUGGACUUGGCCCGGACAAACGUGCGAUGAAAAGCUGCUACAAAUCAUGACAGCGAGAGUAGAAGUUGUUUCAUCCUCACGCUCCCAUCCAUUUGCACGGUACAAUCAUGACAGAAGCUGAUGCGCGCAUCCGGUCGUAUCAGGCUUCCGAUGACAGACUGGUCAAGUUCAGCAUCGGAAAGGCUUCGAUGGAGGGUCUCGCAGUCGCAAAUCGAAGUGCCUUUUUCCACCCAUUCACGCUUAGUGCCUGGGUGGCCCUAUCAUGCAUCAUGAUCCAAUAUCUCAACUGGUGGCCUAAACCAGAGUACGGGUUCCUUGGUUAUUUGCCGCCUUUUCCAGCCUUUGGAUGUUGGGGUGCUGUUAUCCUCUACCUCAUGGAUUGGUUCAACCGUCCAGACUUUGAAGAUGCGUCUCUUGACUUGUUGCGACGACCAGAUGUCGCGGACAUUGCAAAUUAUUAUCAGCGGUCUCCCUCCUCGGGCUUUUUCAUCCUUGAGUAUUCCGGAAAGUUCAUCGGUCUCAUAGCUAUCGACGCGUCCAAGGACUCCCAGUCGCAAGAGACGCUCAUGGACAAGGGAAAGUCAUCUUCCUCUCUGAAGUUGAAGCAUACAAUGCCUCAGGGAACAUCAUCCGUCGCUACAAUCCGUCAUUUCUAUAUCGAGGAGCCAUAUAGGACAGCAGGGAUUCAAAAUGACUUGCUCGCACAUGCCAUACAGCAUGCAUUCAAAGCGGACAAUGCAGUCAAAGAGAUCAAGGUGGCCACUACUUCCCUGAUACUGUAUGCUCAAAAGUGCAUCCGCGACGCCGGGUUUGCUUUGGAUAGGCCUAUUGGCAAGUUUGGUGUUUAUGGGUGGAAAUUUGACCUACUCGUUCUUCGGAGGGCACAGUGGGAAAAACAAGAUGCUGUUUUGUAAAGCCGAUUGUUUAAUGUCGUAGUUAAAAAGAAC